GGGCACAUGGACAGGAAGUUCCUCACUCAGUGUACGUGUUCGUGUGUAGAAGUGUCACACACUCUGAGCGCAUCGACAUGAUUUUAAAGUGGAUUAGAAACUGUCUUUUAUUUUUAACUUUAAUUUAUCUCAUACAUACAGAUGCAGAGAAUGUUUUCAGAGCAGUUGAAGGAGAAACUGUCUAUCUGCCCUGCCACUCACCUCCUAAUGACAGUGAACAAGUUUCUGUAGAGUGGACAAAACAUAACAGCACAACUAUUUGUAAAUUCAAUAUUAAUACCAUUAAGGGAUCUCCCGCUGGAGAAUGCAUUCCUCGUUUCAAAUUAAACAGAAAGUCUUUUACACUAAGUAUAGAAAAUGUUCAGCCCAGUGACUCUGGUCAUUACAGCUGUAAAACAUCAAGAAUAAUUCCACCACCUUCAUUAGACAACACCACAAAUGUGACACUCCAAGUUGCAGUUCGUCCACGUCUGUCUCUGCUGAAACUGAACAGCAGUGUUGACACCUGUGUCCAUCUGCUCUGCUCUCUGGAAGGUCUGACGUCUGAGCAGGUGAACUUCACCUGGGGCCGAGAGGGUCAUCAUGGGUCACUUCUUCCAUUCACAUCUCAUGCCACGAAGAGUGAGCUGCGUCUGUGUAAACCUGACUGGAGUGACGGAGACACAAUCACCUGUUACGUCAGCUACUCAGACAACCAAACCCAAAGUAUACAACUCACUUCACAGAAAGAUUCUGACAAUGUUGUCCUGCUGCUGAUCAUCUCAUGCAGUGUUGCUGCAGGCCUCAUCCUCUGCAUCAUCCUCACCAUUGUUAUUUGCAAAUGCAGAAAGCAAGAAGAAAAUGGAUCUAUAGUGUUCAGCAAUAAAGUCUAUGAGAACUUCAGUUUCGCCAUGGCCCGUCAGAGCACACAGUCCAAUGAGAAACCACAGCCAGAAGAGUGUGUUUAUGAGAACUAACUGCUGCUGCUUAUAUAGCCUUUGCUUUAAACCCAGAUUGGCCCAGUUGUUACGAAGGCAGUAUGAUGUAGGCAAAAGUGUGUGAAGCGGUUUUGCGAAGAUAUUUGAUGGUGCACUGCGAAUGUGAAGCAAAAGCUCACUGUAUUGUUUACAAUGCCUUCACUGACUUCAAAAACUGUAAGCAGGCACUUUAAACAAUCAGUAUUUUUUCAGGCAACCCUGUUCACUAAACUGUUAUGUCUUCUAAAUUAAAUUAUGAUAAUGAGCAAGGAUCUCAUAUCCAUUUUUUUUCAUACAAUGCCAAGGCAUUAUUAAAAUUUCUCUUUGCACAUUUUGUUGUAUAAAUUUUGUUUUUGGUAUGGUAUUUAGACUAAUUAUAUUGUAAUAUUUCAUUACUUGUAAAUAAAUAAUACAUUAUAAGU